AUGCACCUGGCCUUGAGUCCCUCGAGUUGUCCGAUUGUGGAUGGUGGGGCAAGUACUCUAAUAAAGAGGCUAACUUCUUUGAAUGUCGCAAAGCUCUAUUUGUAUGAGAAGCUUGAUGUUGAUGGACAUUUUACUAAACGGUGCAAUAUAAUAGUGAAGAUGGUUGAAGUUGUGAACCAUGUGAACUGCCUGAAAUUGGCAGGAGUUUUUAUGGAAGCACUCAGCAACGCCACAAGGAAUUUGUCGGUGAAGUUUGAAAGAUUAACCGAGUUGGAUAUCAUCACAACUGAAUACUGUCAAUGGAAGUCUCUGAGUGUUAUGCUUGACUGCUCCAUCAACUUGAAAGUCCUAAAAGUUGAAUGGGCUGAGAAUAGUCGCAAUGAACGUUGGGUGGACCCUAAGCACAUUCCUAAAUGCUUGUCAUCGAGUCUUGAAGAGAUUUCAAUUAGUGGUUUCACAGGACUAACUAAUGAGAUGGAGAUGAUAAGAUUUGUUCUCAAACACGGUGAAGUUAUAAGGAGAAUCAAACUGGAGCCCUCUGAUGAAUGCGUUGAGAAUAAGUUUCAAAUGCUGCGGAAGAUAUCAACGUUUCCAAGAUCUUCCCGAACUUGCGUUGUGCAAUUUGAUUGA